AAAUGGGGAGAUGCAGCUCAUAAAUGGAUUAAACCGGGAAAUCUACUCAACUCCGGACCGGGAAACUACAAAAUACCUUCCAUUAACGACAUUCCCAUCAACUUCAAGGUUUCUCUGCUCAAGGGGAAUCCAAAUUCAAAGGGGAUACAUUCAUCAAAAGCAGUUGGUGAGCCACCGUUUUUUCUGGCGUCAUCGGUUUUCUUUGCGAUUAAAGAUGCGAUCAAAGCGGCUAGAGCCGAGAUGGGUCUUGGCAACAAAUGGUUCCCUUUGGACACUCCUGCGACUCCGGAGCGUAUCAGGAUGGCUUGUUUCGAUGAGUUUACUUCUCCUUUUGUGACUUUAGAUUUCUGUCCCAAGCUUAGUGUUUGA